AUGUCUGCGUUCCCAACAUCUUCUAAACGCCCAGGCGAACCCCCUCUUGACGCUGCCGGAGCUCCUGCCAAAAAGCGUAAACGCGGUGCCACAAGGCUCAGCUGUGCAGAGUGUAGACGGUUGAAGCUUCGGUGCGACCGUAACAUACCCUGUGGCUCUUGCGUCAAACGUGGUUGCGGCACCAUUUGUCCGGACGGCUCCCUCACUACAGGCCAGGGUAAUCGCUUCGUCUUGGCAUCAACGCAGGAACUGCACGAGAAAAUCGCCGAACUCUCUGGACGCGUGCGGGAUCUUGAGGAUGGAUUGCAGACCGCACAUAGCGCCACCUCAUCCAACCCUCAUCCACUCCUGUCAGACGAAUUGCUACUUGUCAAACUUCCCCCAUUGCAACGUGAUAUAUCUUUACAGAAAACCAGUGCUGCUGCUGUCGCGCAACAGGAGGAAACACCGUCCGAUGACGUUGAUUCAUUUGGUACUCUUUCCAUUUCCCACUCCGGAGAGACCAACUACUACGGGACAUUCGCAAACUCUUGGUAUUUUCUGCAGAAUGAGGGCAAUUUGGACCCUGACCCAGACGACCGGACCGCUGAGCUUCGAAAUAUUCUACCUCAAGAGAUAAUUGACCUUGGCUGUGGAUUCCGAUUGUCGCCACUCACUCAGCUGGAUCUGAAAACCGUCAAUGACAGGCUCCGAAACUUGUAUUGGUAUCUCCCACCAGUAGAGAAGGCCACCGAACUCUACAAUCUCUACUACUCUCGUAUCGCUUGGCUGUACGACCCAAUACCAUUCACAGAGUUCAAUGAAACCGUGUUUUCGGUCCUUUAUCGAUCGAACCCCUCCUUUCCCUCCCCCGACGAACCUGCUUUUAUUCUCUCGCAACGGCUAGCGAUCAUGUUCAUGAUAUUAGCCAACGGGAGCCUCAUGGACCCAAGACUACCGGCGUUCAAUAUCGAAGCGGAGAAGUACAACAUGCUCGCUCGCGCUGCACUUUUUCAGAGCCCUGUGUUCAACGAGCCAACACUCGGUUCCGUACAGGCUUUGUUCCUGAUGAGCGUAUAUCUAUUUUUCGUGGAGAGGGAUGGUUCGAAUGGGGGCCAGAGAUGGGCCAUAAUGGGAUUGACUAUCAAACUCGCACAAAGCAUUGGGCUUCAUCGUGAUACCGGCCACCUAGACGUCGACCCGGAGGAAACUCAGCGUCGACGUGAACUCCUCUGGGAACUCUUCGUUUAUGAUUCAUGGCAAGCCCUUACGUUCGGUCGGCCCCCGGCCUUCACAAUCGCUCAAGUAGACUGCAAAGCUCCUCAUCCGCAACCACCAGUGGAACUGGCAUUCAGCGCCUGGAAACAACGUUUUUGUGCAAUCGGCAUGACCGUCAUCCAUGACCAAGUCUUUGGUGCCAAAACACCGAGUUAUGCUAUAGUCCUGCAAUGCGACCGCAAACUGCGGGCUUGCCCUGUCCCUCCCGCGCUGCAAAUUGUUGGCUCCAACGGAUCAUCAGAAAAGUAUGGGGACACUCAGUCGACGGCGCUCAUCAUGCAACAACAUACCGUCCUUGCCAUGCGAGAAAUGAAUCUGUUGUAUAUGCACCGCAGUUUCUUCGCUCGAGCGUUGAGCACCGGUGGAAAAGAUCCACUAGGGGGGCCAUACGGAACGUCUGUCAUUGCCGCAUAUCGAAGCGCAGGUUCCUUGAUUGUCCUCAUCCGCAACUUAUACUAUCUCCUGAAGGAACCCAUGGAAAGGACAUGGUUUCUAUGGACGCAUAUGUUUUCCUGCACAAUCAUCCUGGGAUCCAUCGUCACUCGGUGUCCUUCUUUGAGUUUAGCUCCUUCAGCCCUGGUGCAGCUAGAUUCGGCAUGCGACCUCUUCAGCAAAGUCGCUCCCAUUUUCCGUGCAGAAAAAGUCUUAGGUGUCAUGACGAAGCUGCAGAAGCGAGCACACCUUAGUUUAGAUGCCUUUCGAAACGGGAAAGGCCCCUCCCCUGUUCACAUCUCUGAUGAUUCUUCGAGCUCUGCCGAAUCAACGGACGAGGACGAUGAGCUGCUUACGCUUGGAGGGAAGAACCGCUUUGUUUCUGUCAAUGUCUCUGCCGUGAGGACCCAAGCUGUCAAACCAACCCCUGCCACCACAUCGCCCACCUUCACCACAAGAAACGCACAUUCCAUGCCGAAAGUACAUUCGUUCCCAUCUGACCACUCCUCAUGGCCGAUGAGCCCAGUAGUCCCUCUGCCGCAUCUCCAAGAAAACGAAAUGCACCCAACAGUUGUGGACUACCUGCGGACGUUUGGCAUCUCCUCACCUGACGCAACCGGAGACCCGGCACCUCAUCCUACUGCUAUGGGUAUACCGCCGAUGAACUCAAAUACUGUGCCUAGUAUGGGCGAUGCACUGGGAGGACACUCCUCAUGUGAUAUCCCGUCUGCGAUGCCAUCCUUCCAAACCUCCCCUGCCGCCGGGUCGAACAACACUUCUUCGCUGUUAGACCUUAGCGCUGCCUUCUAUGCUGGUCUGACGUCAUAUCACACUCUGCAGCAGCAGAUACAACGACAACCACAGGUAUCAACGCAGUUCGGCAUACAAGAGCAGCCGCCUGCGUCUACUUCACAAACGCAACCGCACCACCACCAUCGAAAUCAAGGUCACAACGACGACGACGAGCCAGAGUUCCCAUCAUACUUCCCCGCAUUCGACUAUCAUGCCGGAGACAGCUCGGACACUUUCUCUGCGCCGUUCCAAUUGGAUGGGAUUAUACCUCAGGACAUGGCGCAAACGUCGGAGGCGUUGCAGAUGGACGGUGUGUGGGAAGACUUUGUGGCCCAGCUUGGAAUGACGUGACAAGAUCUUCUUCCA